UAUCGUCAGUGCAGCAUUUCAUUUUCUUUACAGCCUCAAUCGGCAGCUUUUCUCACUGAUAUAUCUCGAUUAAUUUUAGAACUGAGAGGGAAACUUGUUAGCAUUGUGUGAGACCGGCAGAAGAGUACUGAAUCGCAAUCAUCCAACGACUGGUUCACCAAACAGGAACAUUUCUGAUGCAAUAUAUUUGCUACUCCGUUAUUUAUCGGAAAAGACGAGAUUUCGAGAAGCUUCCAUCAUAUCUGGUCGAUGUAAACAUGAUAAGGAAAAUCCUGGUAUAGCUAUGGCAAUGAAUCUUUUAGGCACCCGAGUUGUUCGUGGUCAAGAUUGGGAAUGGGGAAACCAAGAUGGCGGAGAAGGUUUUGUAGGUACAGUAGCUCAAGUCGGAAAAGACAAGAAGUCGCCUGCGACAGCACAGCUUGUUUACGUACAGUGGGAUUGUGGAGGGAAGCACGACUACAGGGCUGGAAAGCAAGGGAAACACGAUCUUCGCGUUUUUUGUCUCACAAAUGGCGAUGCGAAACAUCUAUUUACUAGCUGCGAUGGUUGUAAAGAAGAUCCUAUCAAUGGACUGCGUUGGCACUGUUUAGAUUGUCCCAGCUAUGAUCUGUGUAGCAAGUGUUACAUGAACGAUGUCCAUGAUGUCAAUCAUCGCUUUGAACGAUUCGACAAGAGUCGCGCUAGAGGCAUCUGCGUUGGCAAAAGGCAAGGCGCCACUAAGCUUGAAGCCCGCGGAAUGUUUAAGGGAGCAAAAGUGACCAGAGGACCAGACUGGGAAUGGAAGGAACUGGAAAACCAACCUCCUAUGGAAGGCGAGGUUACUGAGGUCACCAGCUGGAGUGACGAGACUAUUAAUGAUGCUGUGCGAGUGAACUGGAAGAAAGGACCAAAGGGGAACAUUUAUAGAUUGGGAACAAAUGGAAAGGUUGACCUCAAGUGUACUUCGCCAGCUGUUGGAGGAUCUUAUUACAGAGAUCACUUACCACCGCUUACAAUGCUGAUAAGAAAAUCCCAAAGUGGGUUUACGACUGGUGAUAAAGUCUACCUUCAGAAGCUUGCGGUAGAAAAGCUUCAGGAGUUAUCUGCUGGUCAUGGGGAAUGGAACGCAGACAUGGAAAGGUAUAUAGCAAAAAUUGGAGUCGUACAAGAUUUCACUACCAAUGGUGACGUUGUUGUAGAGUAUCGCGACACAAGAUGGCCUUACAAUCCAGCAGCUUUGACAAAGAUACAAAAAUUUAAGCAAGGCGAUGAAGUCUUGGUUAAAAGUGACGAGAACUUAGUCAAAGAGCUCCAAAAAGAACAUGGAGGAUGGAACGAGUCCAUGAUAUCAAUCCUUGGUCGCACUGGAAAGGUAUUGGAGGUUGAUAGUGAUGGUGAUGUUUUAGUGUCAGUAGAGGGCACCAGAUGGAUGUUGAGCCCGGCUGCUGUGACCUCUGUCACUGAUCCAGAACCCCAGCAGUUAACAGAGGCUGGUGACGUGGGCAGCGAAGAUCCCUCAGGGCUUUUCAGUCUCUUUAGAGACUUCCUACGUCAAGCUCAGGAACAGGAGGACCCCGGCCUUGUGAUUGCUGCACAGAGCAACAACCUCUCAAGACUCAGGGAAAUCUUGGACGCCAACCCAGAACGGAUUGACGAGCUGGAGGGUGGUCACACAGCUCUUCAUGUUGCAUGUCACCAGGGGCAUUGUGAAAUCAUUAGAGAAUUGCUUGAAAGAGGAGCUAACAUGGAUGUACUGGAUAAUCAGGGAUACACAGCCAUGCAUCACUCUACCUACCAAGACGAAAGCGGUGAAGCAUUGAAACUGUUGCUGGAGAGAGGUUUUGACCCAAAUGUUCAACAUAGAAGUAAUAGGAGCACACCAUUACAUUUGGCUGUGAAAAGGAAAAACGAAACGGCAGUACAGAUCCUGACACAGUGCUCUGAGUGUGACGUCAAUCUACAGGACGAGGCAGGUGAUACCCCUCUCCAUGAUGCUAUCCUUGCAGAACACCACAACAUGGUGGAUAUGCUGUUAGACUGUCCAAGAGUUUGUUACACACUUUGUAACAGAAAAGGUUUCAAUUAUCUUCAACACGCUGUUUUGAAAGGAAAUAAACGCGCCGUGGAAAGAAUUUUUGCCAAAACCGGGAAUUCUUUGAAUGUUGUCAAAGAUGAUGGGUUUACGACCCUUCAUAUUGCAGCAAUUAAUGAUCAUCGUGAGAUAGCUAAGAUCCUUUUAACAAAGCCAGAGUGUGAGGUCGAUGCUGUAACCGCUAAAAAUCAACCGGCACUUCAUUUAGCAGCUAAUGAAGGGUAUUCAGUCAUGGUAGGAAUGUUGUUGGACCACGGAGCCAAUGUGAACUCGGUGGAUGAUGACGGAGAUACAGCGCUUCAUAUCACUUUAACGAAGGAACACGCACUAAAGAGAAAUCUGGGGUCUGGUCUGGAGUUUCUAUUUGGAGUACGAAAGAGCAGUGCGUCCUUUGUUGCUGUCUCGCGCUGCUUGUUAAGCCAUGGAGCUGACGUGUUGAAAGUCAAUGGCUCAGGGAAAACACCGCUGGACAUGUGUCAAGGAUCAGAAGUUGAGCAACUCAUUCGGAAGAUUGCAGCCGGUGGAGGGACCACACACGACAAGAAAGUUCCAAGUUUUGGAUCCUCGAGUGGGUCGCAAACCGACCCUGAAUUAGGCGAUGCAUUAUCUUCAGCAAAUGCAGCGACACAGGCGGACAUCGGCCUCGUGAAUGCAGUGCAAAGCAACAACCUGUCAAGAGUCAAGGAAAUCUUGGAUACUAACCCAGAAUUGAUUGAUAAGCUAGUGGGUGGUCACACAGCUCUCCAUACGGCAUGUCGCCAGGGGCAUUGUGACAUCAUUAGAGAAUUGCUUGAGAGAGGAGCUAACAUGAAUGUACGGGAUAAUCAGGGAUACACAGCCAUGCAUCACUCUACUUACCAAGACGAAAGCGGUGAAGCAUUAAAACUGUUACUGGAGAGAGGUUUUGACCCAAAUGUUCAACAUGGAAGCAAUAAGAGCACACCAUUACAUUCGGCUGUGCAAAAGAAAAACGAAACAGCAGUACAGAUCCUGACACAGUGCCCUGAGUGUGACGUCAAUCUACAGGACGAGGCAGGUGAUACCCCUCUGUAUGAUGCCAUCCUUGCACAACACCACAGCAUGGUGGAUAUGCUAUUAGACUGUCCAAGAAUUUGUUACACUCUUUGUAACGGAAAAGGUUUCAAUUAUCUUCAAUACGCUGUUUUGAAAGGAAAUAAACGCGCCGUGGAGAGAAUUUUUGCCAAAACCGAGAAUUCCUUGAAUGUUACCAAAGAUGGUGGGUUUACGACCCUUCAUAUUGCAGCAAUUAAUAAUCACCUUGAGAUAGCUAAGAUCUUGUUACAAAAGCCGGGGUGUGAGGUCAAUACUCCAACCGCUGAAAAUCAAUCAGCACUUCAUUUAGCUGCAAAUGAAGGGUAUUCGGUCAUGGUGGAACUGUUGCUGGACCACGGAGCCAAUGUAAAUGCAGUGGAUAAUGACGGAGAUACGGUGCUUCAUAUCACUUUAAUGAAGGAACAUGCACUACAGAGAAAAAUGGGAUUAAUGCCUGGUCUGGAGUUACUACUUGGUGAACGAAAGAACAGUGCGUCCUUUGUCGCUGUCUCGCGCUGCUUGUUAAGCUAUGGAGCUGACGUGUUGAAAGUUAAUGGCUCGGGGAAAACACCGCUGGACGUAUGUCGAGGAUCGGAAGUUGAGCAACUAAUUCGGAAGAUCGCAGCCGGUGGAGGGACAACACACAACAAGAAAGUUCCAAGUUUUGGGUCCGUGAGCGGGUCGCAAACCGAACCUGAAUUAGGAGAUGCGUCAUCUUCAGCGAGUGCGGCGACACUGACAGGCGAAACUGAAAAAGAUGAUGAAAAUCAAACAGAUAGUACGAGUAGCACAGAUGAGGCAGAAGACACUUUUUUGCGUCGCUUAAUAGGUGACUUGUGGAGUGUAGAUCAACAAGAAUCAGUAUCACAGGAGACGUCAGACGAGAUGGAGAGUGAAGACGUUCAAGAAGGCGAAAGAGCUAAAAGUGUACCACAGGAAACGGCCAUGGUGGAAAAUACAAUGGUGGAAGACAAAUUGUGUCAGGAGAAUGUGGUGCUGGAAGUGACUAAUAGAGUUGAAGUGGAAACCUGGGCCUCAGACAUCUCAAACAACAGCGCUGUUCAACCUGCAGAAACGCUAGAGAAAAAUACCGACACAGAAAUGGACGAUAGCGAGGGCCUACCAUCACAAACACAACUAGCAGACGACGAUGUAAAUAUGGAUCAGGAGACAGAAAAUGAAGAAAAAAAUCCAUCGACACCUGAUCGUCAAAAAGUGCUGUGUUACAUAUGUGAGGAGACUGAGGCUGUUGUUGCAUUCAAACCCUGUGGUCACACUGUUGUAUGCACAGAAUGUGCAGCCCGAUUAAAGAGAUGUUUGGAAUGUAAAACGCCUAUUUCUGGUAAAGGAACGAGAGAUGGUAACCCAAUCAUUGGAAUUAACAACAAGUCCUUGGUCUCGCAAUAUCAGCAACUUGAAGUAAAGUUUCGGAAAUUGGAGGAAUCCGUUGUGUGUUGUAUUUGCGUGGAAAGGAAGAAGGACGUCAUUUUCCGCUGUGGUCACGGCGCAUGUCAGUUUUGUGCAAAGCAGCUUAGUGUCUGCCAUAUUUGCAAAAAGCCCAUUGAGAUGAAAAUACAAAUAUUUUAGUUGUGCGUGGUACCCUGGCGGCUUUUUUUUUUUUAAACAAUCUACACUAUCUGCUGAUACGCCAUGAAAGCCUGUUCGAUAAACAACCCCUACUGAGUGAAACCAGUCUUAAUCCAUGUUCUACAGUAUUUAAGAUUUACAUGAAAGGUCAAUGAAAUAAGAAUAAAAGCAAUUCAUACUGUGAGCUUCUCGAAAAGAAAUCGAGUCAAAUCAGGCCAUAUUUUCAUGCUCCACAAUAUUUAAAGUUUUUCAGGGAACGAAGGAAGAUAUUUAUGAAUCAAACGAGUUCAAAUUGAAUAAUUUAUUGUGGGGUGAAAUGUGAGAGUGAAUGGAAUGCGAUCAGUGUUUUCCUUCUCAGCCGUUUGUAAUUCUAAUUGUCGAUCAAUUUUUUGGGCACGGUGGUGGCCUGCUUGAACGACAGAAACAAAAUAGCUACGUUUAUCAAAAAUCUGGCACAUUGCUGGAGGACUAGAGGACAAGGUGUACUAUUGGGAUAAAAUUAUGCAAGACAUCGUUGAUGAAGGCUUCCCUCAGAAAAAGAAGCGAGUGAGGGAUAAAGAUACACCCUAUAUCAACACUGCAUGGAAAAAUGCUAUCCGAGAAAAGAGAAGAGCCUUUAAGAAGUAUUUAAAUGAAAGUGAAAUGUGGCAAUGGGGCAGUCAGACAAAGAAGAAUUGCUUUACGGCAAUACUGGAAGAGAAAGCCUUCUGACCCUAAAGAAAACCCAAGAAAUUUUUCCGAAACUUUUUAACCGUUUCUUGGAUCUAGGAAGGGGGUUAUGGGAACUGAUAUCAACUUAAAAGUUGACAGCAA